AUGAAAUGGGUAGUGAUAAUAGUACUGCUCCAACUGCUGCAAAAAAUAAAGUGCGAGCAGUCCUAUGAGGUUACCAAUGAGAGGCUGGAGCCUUUCGAGGGCGAUUCACAAACCUUGGUGUUCUUCGAUAGCUUGAAAACUGUUGGCCGGGAGAGAGCUCUAAACGGAUCCUUCAAGUUCAGCGGCGAGAUGAACAACGAUGACUUUAAGGUGUCCGUGGAACUCUAUUCAAGUCCCAAUGGCGAUGGGGAGUUCAAGCGAAUGGUCAUGGAUGUGCCGCAAACCAGCAUUUGCGACUGCUUCAAGAAGUUCUAUGUCCAGUUUGUGCAACCCUCUCUGAAGUCGGGCGAAACCACCAAUUUUCCCGUUGUCGACGAUGACUUCUGUCCAGUUCCCGAAGGCGAGUUCUACAUUAAAAACGUCCUCUUGAACACGCAGGAUUGGCCUUCGCAGGUUCCUCGAGGAAUCGUCAAGGCCAUCAUCACAUUCUUCAGUGCUGGCGAAAAUGUGGGAGGCCUAAUAGUGGAGGUCAAAAUCGAAGAUCGACAAAGUUAGAAUUACUAACUUCAAUUACUAACAUGUCAUGUAAUGAUGUAAACGAAAUAUUUUAAGUAUUAAAGGAAGUUAUAGAAUGUAGAUUAGGCGUUUUACACAACUCUAAAUAUCGUACAACAAAAUAAAUGUCUUUGAACGCUGAA